AUGUGCUCACUUGCGUUUUGCCCUCAAACUGAGACGAAUGCCGGUCUCGCCAGACGUCACGAACGAGUCAUCACUCCUCACUGCCAGCGACCGGAGCUGCAGCGAGGAGGAGGUGACUUUCAAGCAAAAACUCCGUCUAGCGAAGAGGCGAGGCAGCGCCAACUCUACCGGGUAAACCAAAAACUGGAACGCGAUGACCUUCGACGUCAGGUGGUCGAAUUGGUCGAUCAACACGCGCGAAUGAAGCAAGCCCAAGCUAACGAGAAGGCGAGGUUCAAGGCAUCCCGUCCGCCGGCCUAUUACUUAUGGAAAUCGUUCGCUCUGCGCCAGCGUGAAGAACGGCAGCUAAUGGCUGCUGUCAACACCCAGGCCACUUACAUCGACGCUCUAAGUAGUAUCGCGCGCAAGCGCCUUCGCAGCGACCAAGAGAGCUCCUCAGUUCGUUCCAAGAUCAACGGUCCAGACGUGGAGGAGAUGGCCAUCUUUGACUCGUGUAUUCGGGAGCUACAUGCAAACUAUGAGCGCGCGGACGAAGUGUUGUGGUCUUGCAGCAUCGAUGAGCUGGGAACGGAUGGAGCAGAGGUGCAGCCUUACUCCUUGUAUGAAACUGGUUGCUCCCUUUGGAACGUGUCGGAUCGCUAUUGCGCUGCUAAAAUUCGUUUCAAGCGUUAUGAAGGCGUCACGGACCCAGAAAACACUUUCGCGGCUACGUUUAUCGACAAAAUCGCGUUAGGUUCUGGUGAGGUGGUGGAAGUGCGACAGCGACUGGUUUCCUGUCGCUUUUUCGAGGAGAGGCGCAUCGUAGUGACGUGGAAAUUCAUUUCGGAGACUCAGGGAGUUUGA